CCUUCAACAAAUAUACCCACCCACACCUAUCCACUUCAAUAUUAUGGAAGCCGAAAAAGUGCAGAGGACUCAGAAGAGCAGUGAUGAAAUAAGAAUUGUGCUGGUUGGAAAGACUGGAGUAGGAAAGAGUGCAGCAGCAAAUACCAUCCUGGGAGAAAACAAGUUUAAUUCCAAACUGUCCUCCUCCUCUGUGACCAUAGACUGUGAUAAGGCCAGAGGAGAUGUCAAUGGGCAAAAGGUGGCCGUUAUUGACACUCCAGGCUUGUUUGACACAAAAGAGGAACAAACUGUGAUUGAGGCAAAGAUUAAACUGUGCAUAUCGCUCUCUGCGCCAGGCCCUCAUGUUUUUCUCGUGGUUGUGCAGCUUGGGAGAUUUACAGCAGAGGACAAAAAAUCUGUGGAGCAAAUUCAGAAAAUCUUUGGUGAACAAGCAUCAAAAUACACCAUGGUGCUGUUCACUCAUGGAGACAGGCUGAGGCGUGGACAGAAAAGCAUCCAUAAAUUUGUUAAAGACAGUCCUGAUCUGCUUGACUUUGUCAAGACUACAAGUGGCCGAUACCAUGUUUUUGACAAUGAAGAAAAUGAUCCAAACCAGGUCAACAUGCUGUUUGAACAAAUAGAGCAGCUUGUGACUGUAAAUGGUGAAGAGUAUUACACAAAUGAAAUGCUUCAGGCAGCUGAGAGAGCAAUAGAGGAAGAAAAAGAAAGGCUUAUGCUGCAACAACAAAUGACUGAACAGGAAGCGAGAUACAGAGCAGAAAGAAACAAUAAGUUUCUGAAAGCCGGUUCGGUAGUGGCAGGAGUUGCUGCUGCUGCUGCUGCUGCUGCUGCUGGUGCUGUUGCUUUAAAAGCCUGCCAACUUCAAUGA